CGGGGGACGCAGCGAGCCGGCGCCAGGGCCACUCGGCCGGGAAACAGGCUAGGCGGGCGAGGUUGAUGCCCGGCGGCGGGACGAGCACGGCGCCUGGCCGGCUUCUCUCCCCAGCGGAUCCCAGAGGGGCGCGGGAGGCGGCGGCGUUCCGGAGCAUCCCGGCGAGCUCGAGCGGAGGCCGAGGCGGAACAGGAGGCCCCGGGCCGGGGAUUGGAGGCCCCGCGGGCAGGAUGAGCCUGACCCCGAAGGAGCUCUCGAGCCUGCUGAGCAUCAUCUCCGAGGAGGCGGGCGGCGGCAGCACCUUCGAGGGCCUGUCCACCGCCUUCCACCACUACUUCAGCAAGGCCGACCACUUCCGCCUGGGCUCGGUGCUAGUGAUGCUGCUGCAGCAGCCGGACCUGCUGCCCAGCGCGGCGCAGCGCCUCACGGCGCUCUACCUGCUCUGGGAGAUGUACCGCACCGAGCCGCUCGCCGCCAACCCGUUCGCGGCCAGCUUCGCGCAUCUGCUCAACCCGGCGCCGCCCGCCCGCGGGGGACAGGAGCCCGACCGGCCUCCGCUCUCAGGGUUUUUGCCUCCUAUAACUCCACCAGAAAAGUUUUUUCUUUCCCAGCUCAUGCUGGCACCCCCAAGGGAACUGUUCAAAAAGACACCUCGCCAGAUUGCGUUGAUGGAUGUUGGAAACAUGGGACAGUCUGUGGACAUUAGCGGCCUUCAGUUAGCCCUGGCAGAACGCCAGUCUGAACUGCCAACCCAGAGCAAAGCCAGCUUCCCAAGCAUCCUCAGUGACCCAGACCCGGAUUCCUCUAACUCUGGAUUUGACAGCUCAGUUGCCUCUCGGAUCACAGAGUCUUUAGUCAGUGGACCAAAACCGCCCAUUGAAAGCCAUUUUCGGCCAGAGUUUAUCCGCCCACCACCACCUCUCCACAUCUGUGAGGAUGAACUGGCCUGGCUAAAUCCUACAGAACCCGAGCAUGCCAUUCAGUGGGACAGAUCAAUGUGUGUGAAGAACAGCACUGGUGUGGAGAUCAAGCGGAUCAUGGCAAAAGCCUUCAAAAGCCCUCUAUCUUCUCCCCAACAGACGCAACUCCUCGGUGAGUUGGAAAAAGAUCCCAAACUUGUUUAUCACAUUGGCCUUACUCCAGCAAAACUUCCAGACCUAGUGGAAAACAACCCGUUAGUUGCUAUAGAAAUGCUGCUGAAACUAAUGCAGUCAAGCCAGAUCACGGAGUAUUUCUCUGUCCUGGUCAAUAUGGACAUGUCCUUACAUUCAAUGGAAGUUGUGAAUCGACUAACUACAGCUGUUGACCUACCUCCUGAAUUUAUUCACUUAUACAUAUCCAAUUGCAUUUCUACUUGUGAACAAAUUAAGGAUAAAUAUAUGCAGAAUCGUUUGGUGCGUCUUGUGUGUGUGUUUCUACAGUCUUUGAUCCGUAACAAAAUUAUUAAUGUGCAGGACUUGUUUAUAGAAGUGCAGGCCUUCUGCAUUGAAUUCAGUAGGAUACGGGAAGCUGCAGGCCUGUUCCGGUUGUUGAAGACACUGGAUACUGGGGAAACCCCUUCAGAGACCAAAAUAUCAAAAUAAUACCUCACCAGAACUGCCCCUUCUAUUGUUCACAGCUGUAUUUGGAUUGGUUUUUAAACUGUUGUAACUCUUGAGUGGAUUGCUUGCUUUAUCUAAGAAAUAUAAAUGACACUUUAUUUACUUAAAGUAAAAUUUCCUUUUUCCUAGAUGUUUCCCAUGGGUGAAUUUUGGUAAGAACUUGGAAAAAUGUAUCUUUUAGCUCUCUUGCUGAAGACAAUCCAUAUGAAGAAUAGUUAUUCUAAAUAUAGUUACUGUAAGAAAGGAGGUAUAGAUGUUUCUCUUUUGAAUUUAAAACACAAUACCUGUUUCUUUUAGAAAACAAUCUGUAAGUUUCUGAAAAACCAGGAAUUUGCUUUUGUAGCUUCUAGUGUGAAGCAUGCUCAGUGAGUGCAGACACUGAGAAUUUACAGUGAGUGUGUUUCCUACCAAGCAAGGUGUGAAACGAGGGUGCACACUUGACAACAUGUUCUUGGCCCACUGACAGGCAUGAGCGCUCAAGCCAGGCUGAUACUGUGACGGUAUAUGAUAGGCGUGGUUUUUGUGGUCUUAAGGACAAAUAUGAGCUGGCACACUAGAAAUGUAUACCCUAGAUGUCUGUUUGGUGAGGAGGUAAAACACAAUCAGUAGAGUGUGCCUUAAUAUUUAAGACAGGGUACAUCUAUGUAAUCCUGGAGCUCACUGUGCAGAGCAGGCUGGCCUUGAAAUCAGAGAUCUUCUGCCUCUGCAUGCUGUGAUUAAAGUGUAUACCACCAAA